AUGGAUUUUUUUUCGGUUUACAGUUCGAUCGCGGAAACACCUUUAGCCAAGAACCCUCUACCUGAAUCUCUAGAUAGCGGUUUAGGUACCCAGUACCUUUUCAACGUGUUGGAAUUCAUCAUAUGCAGCAUCAUGAAAGAAAAAGGUCUCAAGCAGCCCACAAUGUUAGCUGAGGAAUUGUGGGGGAACCGCAUUGAGGAUUUCAAUUCGGUAGCCUUUACAAUUGAAAUAGAGGAUAUCGCAGAAUCAUUUCGAGAGAAGCUAUGGGAAGAACAGCCCUUCCUGAACAUGAAGCCUGCAAUACAGUUGUGCAUGAUGCCUUUGGGAAAUAAGAGAAAACAGGAUGAAGAUUCUAGCAAUUAUGCUGAAGAGUUACGAGAUUCUGACGAUGACAAUCUCCCUGGUCCUUCUCAUGCCGAACCCGAGUUUGAUGAAAAGGAAACAAAUGAAGUUCAAGACAUGCAGGAUGCCUUGCAAAUUGAAUUGCUUAGAGGGAGAUGGAAUGAAAAGUAUAAGGCGAACCAGUUGACUUUCAGAGCUCGGGUUAGUUUGGAAAAGUUACCAGAGCGACUACAAAAUACGCCAAUGGCUGCAGCAGUGAGUUCCGUUAGGGAGCUGUUUAGAUCCCUACUUCGUAGAACAAACGAAGGACUGAGGCCAACGGAUCUCAUACGGAUAUACAUUCAGGCAGAUGGCUUGGACAAGCCGAUUUCGACUAGGCUGAUGUCGGUAUCAGAGCUCACUCUGGAAACUGUGAUGGCUGCAAUUUUAAAAGUUUUGCAGUCAAAGGAUCAGAUUGCCAUUGAUUCGGGUUUUUCAGCCGAUGUUGUAACGAUUCGGAGGGAUGUGGGAGCCGGCCGUAGAAAAGUGAUUAACACUGCUGUGGACCCGCACCGAAAGCAGUCGAUCCUCGAAAUACCAUCGGAUGAUGAAGGAUUAUGUUGUGCCAAAGCAAUUUUAUACGCUUUGGCACAUUUGGAAAAAAAUCAGACGGCUAUUGAUGCCCUGAGGGAUCGUCGAAGAUCUACAUUGCUGAACAGAGCUCGAGCUUUGCAUGAAGCUGCGGGAGUCCGAAUAGGGCCUUGUACCUACAAAGAAGUGGCGCAAUUCGAAGAGCAUUUAAAUGUCCAAAUUGUUGUUAUCGCCACAGAAAAUAUGCAGAAAGUAAGUGUGACUUAUUCAAUGUUUUGA